AAUGCGGCCCUGGGCCGUGAGGUACUGGCGUCCAGCACGUGUGGCCGACCGGCCACUCGGGCCUGUGACGCCUCGGACCCGCGGCGGGCACACCCCGCUGCCCUCCUGACCUCCGCAGGGGGCCCGGCAAGCCCUCUGUGCUGGCGCUCGGACUUGCUGCCACGCGCACCCCUCAACGUGACCCUCACAGUGUCCCUGGGCAAGGCUUUUGAGCUGGUCUUCGUGAGCCUGCGUUUCUGUUCAGCUCCCCCAGCCUCGGUGGCCCUGCUCAAGUCUCAAGACCACGGCCGCAGCUGGACCCCACUUGCCUUCUUCUCCUCUUACUGCGGCCUGGACUACGGCCGUCUUCCUGCUCCUGUCGACGGCCUGGCUGGCCCAGGGCCUGAGGCUUUGUGCUUCCCCGCACCCCAGGCCCAGCCCGAUGGUGGUGGCCUCCUGGCCUUCAGUGUGCAGGACGGCAGUCCCCCAGGCCUGGAUCUGGACAGCAGCCCGGUGCUCCAAGACUGGGUGACCGCCACAGACAUCCGCAUAGUACUCACAAGGCCUGCCAUGUUGGGGGACACCAGGGACGCAGAGGCCAUGGUCCCUUACUCCUACUCAGCCAUGGAGCUCCAGGUGGGCGGGCGCUGCAAGUGUAAUGGGCAUGCCUCACGGUGCCUGCUGGACACCCAGGGCCAGCUGAUCUGUGACUGCCGGCAUGGCACCGAGGGCCCUGACUGCGGCCGCUGCAAGCCUUUCUACUGCGACAGGCCAUGGCAACGGGCCACAGCCCGGGAAGCCCACACCUGCCUUGCUUGCUCCUGCAACAGCCAUGCCCGCCGCUGCCGCUUCAACAUGGAGCUGUACCGACUGUCUGGCCGCCGCAGUGGGGGUGUCUGCCUCAACUGUCGGCACAAUACCGCCGGCCGUCACUGCCACUACUGCCGGGAGGGCUUCUAUCGAGAUCCAGGCCGUGCUCUUAGUGACCGUCAUGCUUGCAGGGCCUGUGACUGUCACCCUGUUGGUGCUGCUGGCAAAACCUGCAACCAGACCACAGGUCAGUGUCCCUGCAAGGACGGCGUCACUGGCCUCACCUGCAACCGCUGUGCCUCUGGCUUCCAGCAGAGCCGCUCUCCGGUGGCACCCUGUGUUAAGACCCCUGUCCCUGGACCCACUGAGGAGAGCAGCCCUGUGGAGCCACAGGACUGCGACUCACACUGCAAACCUGCCCGUGGCAGCUACCGCAUCAGCCUGAAGAAGUUCUGCAGGAAGGACUACGCAGUGCAGGUGGCUGUGGGCGCGCGCGGCGAGGAGCGCGGCGCGUGGACGCUCUUCCCGGUGGCAGUGCUCGCCGUGUUCCGGAGCGGCGAGGAGCGCGCGCGGCGCGGGAGCAGCGCGCUGUGGGUGCCGACCCGGGACGCGGCCUGCGGCUGCCCGACCCCUCAGGGGUCUGAGAACAUCCCAAAGGCCACAGUGACUCCCCCAACUCCGACGCUGAGAUCCGCCAGACAGCGCUCUGACCUCCCCAAAAGGCAGUGUGGCCCCAUGGGGCGCAGUGACCGGCAGAGGGCGCUGCGGCUCCUCCCCGCGAGGACGCUGCGUCUCUGCCUGUGUCCCUCCUCUUUUUGGUCGGCUGUGUCCACGUCUCUGGUCUCCGUCCGCUGUCUUUCUCUGCCGCGUCUGGGAGCUUCGGCCUCAGGGAGCCUCAGCUCAGGUCCCGCCCCGGAGACCCUCUACGCCCCUUCGCCGCUGGCUCAGGAUCGGACGUCGCGGACGCCCGGUCUGAGGUCCACGCAUGUCCCAGCCGGGCGGCGACUCCGGCGGGCAGCCUUACGGGCUCCCGAUGCGCGCAGCCCUGCCCUCGGAAAUCCUCUUCUGGAUCUGGCCACGGUUGCACCAGAUAUUCGGAUACGUUCUGCCCGCGAAGACCCGCGGCCCCCGGGCCUCCGCUCGCCCCGGCAUAGCACACCUGUCCACCUGAGCCUGGGCACUCGCUAG